GUUCCUCCUGCUGUGACCUCGUGACGUCAAGCAGUGGGCGGUGCCCAGAGGGUCACUCCGCCACUAUAUAAGACGAGUGCCCAGCGCCACUCCUCACUUGCUUCCAGUCAUCGCUACAACAAUAUGGCUCUCAAGGUUACUGUGUUGGCUGCCCUUGUGGUCGUCACACUCGCUCGACCCGACAAACGACCCUUCUUCAACGACCAACUUCCCUCUUCUGCAUACAGUCUCCCAUCCCCAGCACCCACCUACAACGCCCCUGCACCCACCUACAACGCCCCAGCACCCACCUACAACGCCCCAGCACCCACCUACAACGCCCCAGUACCCACCUACGGAACUCCUGCCCCAGUGGCUCCUCCCAAGUAUGACUUCAGCUGGGCCUUGAAGGACGACUACUCCAGGAAUGACUUCGGCCACCAGGAGUCCCGGGACGGCUACGACACCCAGGGUUCCUACAGUGUCCUGCUUCCCGACGGUCGCCUGCAGACAGUGACCUACACUGUCAACGGUGACUCCGGCUACGUGGCCCAGGUGGCCUACGAGGGCCAGGCCCAGUACCCAGCACAACAGCCUUCGUAUGGGGCCCCUUCACCCCAGCCUAUCUACGGUGCACCUACACCCCAGCCUAUCUACGGUGCACCUACACCCCAGCCUAUCUACGGUGCCCCUACACCCCAGCCUAUCUACGGUGCCCCUACACCCCAGCCUAUCUACAGAGCCCCAACACCCCAGCCUUCAUAUGGCACCCCAGCACCAAUAUAUGCUUGAACUCUUCUACCGAACUUAUGACUUCUUUAUUAAAUUAUAUGCAAUUAUUGAUUAAAUUGAUUGAUUAAAAUAUAUUCAUAUUUAAAGCAA